GUGCAGACGACAAAAAAGAGAAAAGCGAAAACUCGGCGUGUGUUUUGCAAGUUUUAAACAAUUUAUUAUUAAAUGAAUUCGUGUAAAUAAGUUAAAAUAGAUAAUAAAUUUUAUAUUAGUCAAUAUGGAUUACGUAGAAGAACAAAACAACGAAGUUGAAGCUUUAGAACAUAUUUAUUGUGGAGAAUUGGAAGUGAUAGCGACGGAACCUUUUCACAAAUUUGCAAUACCAAUAAAGUCAGAGGAACACGAACCAGAUUCUGAAAAUGGUUUAGCAUGUCGAUUAGAAUUUACGUACACUGAUAAAUAUCCAGAGGAGCCUUUAACAAUUAAUAUUGAAGAUACGGAGAAUUUUGAGGAUGGAAAUGAUGAGGAAUUGCAUGCACAUCUUAUUGAGCAGAUGAAUGAAAAUUUAGGAAUAGUUAUGGUAUUUACUUUAGUUAGUGCCGCACAAGAAUGGCUUAAUGUUCAAUGGGAUAAGGUAAAAUUGCACAGAGAAGAAAAUGCCGCGAAGAAAUUAAAGGCAGAAGAAGAGGCUGAAAUGAAACGAUUCGAAGGUACAAGAGUAACAGUAGAGACUUUCUUGAGUUGGAAAGAGAAAUAUGACGAGGAAACGGGUUAUAAGAAACGAAAAGAAUUGGCUGAAAAGGAAGGGAAAAAAUUAACAGGCAGAGAAUUGUUUAUGACCGAUAAAACGCUGGAUCAAUCGGAUCUUAAAUUCUUAGAAGAUGGUGACGCAGUGAAAGUGGAUGAAAGUUUAUUUCAAAAUAUUGAUGAUCUCGAUUUGGAUGAUGACGAGGACGAUCCGGAUUUUAAUCCAAAUAAUUUUUCCGACGAUGAUUGAAUGUAAGUUUUCGUACAAACUUUUCAAAGUCUUUAAAACUCAGGAAUGCAGAUUUGGAAGAAGAAGAAGAAGAAGAAGGUCAUAUUUUCAAUAUUUAAACAAAAAAAAAUAUUUUUUAAUAUGCUCAAAGCAUUUUUUUUUUCUGGAAAAAUAUUGUCGCUGAAUAAUCUUCCUCUUGAGUACAAAAAGAGAAAUUCUGCCUCGUUGAAAAUCAGAAAAUAAAUUAACGACUGAUUUAUAAUUAUGUAAA